GAAAACCAGAUGCAACACACCUUCUGAACUCCAACCCGCCAGAACUAUAAAUUCAAGUUCCCAACAUGUCAGCAACCCACCCCGUCUUUCGCGCCGAGGCCACGGCUCUUAUCACGGGCGCCGCCUCAGGGAUUGGUCUCGCGACCGCCAAACUAUGCCACAGCCAUGGCAUGAAUCUGGUCUUGAUCGACAAGAACGAACAGGCCCUUUCCACGACUUCGGCCCAGUUCCCAUCCACGGCGAAAUCGGCCACUUCCACCUAUGCUAUCGAUGUGUCGGAUAUCUCUGCGUGGAACGCCCUCCAAAGUGAAGUCACCUCCAAGCACCCCUCAGGAAUCGACUUCCUCAUGCUAAACGCCGGAAGUGCCUUCAAGCCCGCCGAGGGUAAAACACGUUGGCAAGACCCGGAAUAUUUCCAGAAGACCUUGGCUGUCAACACAUUGGGUUACACCAAUGGCUUAGCCACCUUCCUAGACAGCGUGAUUGGAUCGAAUAAGGCACAGCCCCGGGCUAUUAUCCUCACCGGUUCCAAGCAAGGAAUCACCAACCCCCCGGGAGAUCCAGCCUACAAUGCUUCCAAGAGCGCGGUGAAAACCAUUGCGGAACAGCUUUCCUUGGAUCUACAUGAGACGUAUCCGAAUGUGUCGGUCCAUCUACUUGUCCCGGGAUGGACGUACACCGGCAUGACUGCGGGUCGUCAUGCUUCGAAGCCGGAUGGGGCCUGGACACCGGAGCAAGUGGUGGAGUACAUGAAUGAGAAGAUGGUGGAUGGGCGGUUCUACAUUAUUUGUCCGGAUAACGAGGUAACCGAAGAUCUGGAUCGAAGGAGAAUUGCAUGGGCCUAUGGAGAUAUGGUGCAUGGGCGACCUGCGCUGUCCCGGUGGAGGGCGGACUGGAAGGAAAAAGCAUCUGAGGGAAUCAAACAGCUGCAACUCGACUAACUUGGCGGAUACCCACGGCUUGGAUAGUAUCCAGUUUGCAGUAUCGCAAUUGAUGUUGAUUUGUUGUCCUGA